AUGGAUGCCUUCAAUCUUCCAAUGAAGAUGAAAGCGCUGGAGUACUCCGCUCCAAGAAAUCCGCGCGUGGUCGAGAAACGCUUGCCAAAUAUAAGAGGGCAUGACUUGUUGAUCAAGGUGAAAGCGUGCGGCGUCUGCGGGACGGACUUGCACAUCCACGAUGGCGAGUUUGGAGCGCAGUUCCCCGUGGUCCCAGGACACGAAACCGUCGGCGUGGUGGCAGCAUAUGGAUCGAAAGUGAAGGGGUUCUCUGUCGGCGACCGAGUGGUGGCCGACAAUUCAGAGCUAUGCGGGGAGUGUUUCCACUGCCGCCGGGGAAGCGAGCUCUUCUGCGAAAACUUCAUCGCGCACGGGGUCAUGGUCGAUGGAGGAUUCGCCGAAUAUGCGGUAUACCCAGCGAAAAGGGUGUUCCCCAUCCAGAGCAUCUCGGACGUGGACGCAACGUUGAUCGAGCCUGCAGCCUGCGCUGCUCAUGGAAUAGACAAGAUUGCACCGCAAAUGGGGUCGAGGGUGCUCCUCUUUGGAGCUGGGCCGACUGGACUGGUUCUAGCGCAGUUACUGCGACAAAAUGGUGGGUGUAAUGUCGUCGUGGCCGCACCGGAGGGGGCCAAGAUGGCGCUGGCAAGAUCACUCGAUGCUGCAGAUGAGUAUAUCUGCCUUCCGCGAGAUCAGGCGGCUGCGGCGGCGGUGCUUGAGAAGCUAGAGGGCGGUAAUCCGUACGGAUUCGAUAUCGUCGUUGAAGCCACGGGCAAUGCGAAGGUGCUGGAAAGAGCACUUGAUUUUGUUCGAAAGGGAGGAAAGCUGGUGGUGUACGGAGUGUAUGGCGACGACGACCGGAUCUCGUUGCCUCCGAACAGGAUCUUCAAGGACGAGAUCCAGAUCCUCGGGUCGUUCAGUGAGAUGCACAAGUUCCCCGCCGCGAUCGACUACCUUGAGUCUGGCAGGGUCCGUGUUACUGGAAUCGUCAACCAGACUUUCCGAGUGGAGCAGUGGGAGGAGUGCCUGGAGGCGAUGCGGACGAAGAAGGCGAUCAAGGCGGCCAUUGUCUUUGACUAG